UUGCAGCAACCGUCACCCAUACCGAAUGGAAGUUACAAUAGUCCAGGAUCGGUGGGUCCCCCACAAGGCGCCAGCAAGAAAUCGAAACAAGGCUCAAGACCUGCAUCGAGGGAUCACGUUAUGUAUCCACCACCGCCGCAGUCAGCCGGUGCUGCUGCAGCUGGACAAGGUGGUCCACCACCUCAAAUGCAACCCAUGCAAAAUCCUGCUAUUAUGGGUCUGCGAAUGGACGGUCCUCCUGCCUCACCGGCGAGUCCAGCACACGGUUGGUAUAAUUCUCAACGACUGAUAUCACCGUCAAUGUCAUCGAAUCAUACUGGUUAUCCAUCGUUUGGCUAUGAUAAUAAUGAUACGAAAGGAUAUAAAGAGCUCUUAUAUAAUAUGCAUCCAGAAGAUUCUCCGAAUGGUUCGAAUCAUUACCUGAAAGCGAAUAGAAUGGCGGCGGUGAAUGAUGCAAAUCAAGGCUGUGUGAACAGUGCAAGAUGUGUUUCAUUUCCGUCAACAUCAAGCGGUUUUAUACAGCCCGCUACCGUUUCUGCUGAUGAAGUUUCCUCUGAUUCGAAUUCAAGUGCUCACAAUCGACCGACUAUUACCUAUGCUCCUAAUAAUCUUAUGGUAACAUCAUCACAAACUAAUAUGCAAAAUUCAGCCGGAGAAUGGUUCGCCACACCGCGAUCAGCCGCCUCCCUUUCGUGUAUUGACAACAAAACUGAAAGGAUAUCACCGCAAUAUGUGCAACAACACGCAGUGAUAUCACCGUAUUAUCGAAAUAUGUCAUUAUCAAAUUCAUCUUUUAAACCCGUCAAGUCAAAUUCGUUUGAUAGCAGCAGUAACAGCGAUGAAUUGAAAUUACUAGCGUCCGAUAAAAUUUCUUCGUCGACAUCUCGUAUCAGUGAUAACCCUAAUCAUAACGCCGCAUCAUUAUAUCAAACAGCUGUGUCUGAUCACCGGCGAUUCUCAUUGCCACAUCAAUAUCCGUCUCAAUCUGUGUUGAAUGUUAAUUGUCAACAACAGAAUCCAUCAGCAUUCAACCCAAAAUCAGGUAUUGAAUAUCAUCGAUAA